AUGACUUCUAGUUCGGGAACGUCGGCAUCGCUGCCGCUGCUGCGAGAGGAAGAGCAGGUGUGGACUGCGGAGGACCAUAUACCCGGGUCGCAGGGUACGGAGCUGAGAGAUUGGGCGUCGCCGGCGCCCGAAACCGCGCAGAAAGGGUGCGUGAAGGAGGUGGAGUACGAGGGGGAGGUGGUGCGCGUCUACCCAGCGGACUACCGCGCGGUGCCGGCCAUCCGGUGGCAGAUUGGCGCUGCUUUCGUGAUGUUCCUGAUCCUGGGGAUCAACGAUCAGUCGACGGGCAGCCUGAUGCCGGUGCUGACGCGGGAGUACGCGGUGACCAAGGUGCAGGUGGCGCUGAUCUUCGCUGUGCAGUGCAUUGCGUACACCAUCGGAUCCGUGGCGACUGACGCACUGCACCGCGCGCUGGGGAUGCGUGGGGCGCUGCUGUUGGCGGCGGGCACCUGCGUGGUGACGUACAGUGCGCUGUCGCUGAAGCCGCCGACGUUUUACUGGUACCUGCCCUGCUUUUUCUACCUAGGGGUGGCUUUCGCGGUCAUCGACUCCGGAUGCAACGUGCUGCUGGGCGGGCUGGACGUUCACAACACGGAGCUGCUGGGAAUGCUACACGCGGCCUACGGCGUGGCCUCCUUUAUCACGCCCCCGCUAGCCAACAGCAUCGCGAAGAACCACUACUGGCCCCGUUUCUUUCUGGUUCCCCUGGCGCUGUCGCUGGUGUCUUUCGUAAUGUGCUUCUUCGCGUUUAGGCACGAGACUGCCGCCAAGUACCGCUAUGUAUGCUCCGGCGGGGAGGACGCGGACACCGAGGAGGCGGCGCGGGAACGCCAAUUCCGCCGUGUCGUGCGCAACCCCGUCAUCCUCCUGGCGGCGGCGUUUCUAUUCCUGUACCUUGGUAGCGAGGUGAGCACAGGCUCCUGGACCCUCACGUACCUGCUCGAGUGCAAGAGAAACGAGCCCAUGGCGAUGUCCUACGUCGUCACGGCGUACUGGGCCGGCCUGACCCUCGGCCGCAUCGCGAGCGGCUUUGUCAGCCGCCACUUCUUCGCAAACGAGUACCGCGCCGGCCUUUUCUACGCCUGUACCACCCUCGCCAUGCAUGUGCUCUUCAUGGCCACGGGCUUCGUGGCGCCCCAUGGCACACGCUACUUUGUGGUGAUGGCCCUAUUCCUCUUCCUGGCUGGCAUCUUCAUCGGUCCACUUUUCCCCAACUGCUGUGUGGUCACACUGCAGCUCUUGCCCAAGCGCCUCCAGCUCAAUGGCGUCAGCGUGGCCGUGGCGUUGGGCAGCAUUGGCGGUGCCAUCCUGCCCUUCGCCGUUGGGAACAUAUUGGAUGCCGUGGGUUUCGACUGGUUCCCCUCCAUCGCGGUGGUAAUUGUUCUAAUGUUCAAUGUUAUCUGGUGGCUUUACCCGAGCCUGGUUAAGUUCUGA